AUGAGUCGCCGCCGAUCUACAAUCAUCGUCGCGUCGGGAGCUAUAUUCAUGUCCGCUCUGCUUGUCUUUGUGGAUGGGGCUGUGAUGGCAAGUAGGGUCGAGAUACCCUAUAGCUUUCUCAUGUGGCUGCCCACGCUGUGUGCGCUGCUUGGCAGCUUUGUUUUGUUGCUUGUGAAGCCCAUGUAUAUUGUGGGCACAGACACUGACAUGGAUGACGACGACGAUGUGAUCAAGAAGGAUAAAAGUAUGUUCUUCCUAGGAGCAUUUCUUCUUUUCACAUCCAUCUUCCUUUCCGUGUGGAAGGCGGUCGAUCCAUACGGAAACAAAGGGGUUGCCUGGCCCGGGGUGGCGCUGCUGGUACACUCGGUGCUUCUACUGCUUAUGAACUGUGCUUUAUUUAUUGCACGUAUGCAGUAUGAUGAGUAUUGA